AUGGCGAAGAUGAUGUGCGCCGUCAGCGGCAGCCUCGUCACUUCUCUCAUCAUCACUCCUCUGGACGUAGUCCGAGUCCGUCUACAAACGCAGCCAAGUCCGUCUUCCACUACCGCCCGUCUACCAUCCUUCCUUCAAUUACCACCGAGUCUCGGGGUGAGCUCGUGCUGCCGAGAGGUCUUCUGGGUGCAAAACCAAUCGCAGUUCUGUGUGGCCGCUCCCGGAAGCUCCUCGGCCGCCUCGCACGCCACCGCCGUCUUUGAUGAGGCCAUCAUCUCUGACUGUGCGGCAGAACAGACCCAACGCCGGACAUAUAAUUCCACACUCGAUGGAUUACGGAAAAUCGCCCGCAACGAGGGUCUCUCGACGUUAUGGCGAGGCCUCAGCCCGACGCUCCUGAUGGCGGUUCCAUCGAACGUCAUCUACUUCGCAGGAUACGACUGGCUACGUGACAGUGCCAACAGUCCGAUCUCUGCCUUGUCCAACGAAAACACCGCCCCUCUACUGGCAGGAUCCAUCGCGCGCGUCUUUUCCGCAGGCGCAGUCGGACCUCUUGAUAUGCUUCGCACCCGCAUGCAGGCUUCCAGCUCGACUGGCAAGGGCAAUGGUGGUAUCCUCCGAUCUACGGUUCAGGGCUUAAAGGAUAUGGUCGCUGAGCAGGGCUACACGUCUCUCUGGCGAGGACUCUCUCUGACCUUGUGGCGCGACGUUCCCUUCUCUGCGUUAUAUUGGUGGGGCUAUGAGUUUGGUCGUCAACGCCUGAACGAGAGCCGUGCUCGAUCGUCCCCGCUCCGGCCUGGCGAAGCCCUCUCACACUCCGCCCUGCUCACCGACUCCUUCAUCGCGGGCGCAGCUUCCGGUGCGAUAUCCGCUCUGGUCACGACGCCGUUCGACGUCGGCAAGACCCGACGACAGACGGUCCAAAGCAAAGGUCUGACCGCCGCGCAAUUGCGAGCUCUGCCUGAAGGCCAGGCGAUGCCCCGCUUCUUGUGGCACAUCUACUGCACCGAAGGCACAGCGGGUCUAUUCAAAGGAUGGACCGCACGCGUCUUGCGUGUCGCUCCUGCUUGCGCCAUCAUGAUUUCCAGCUACGAGAUCGGAAAGAGGAUGGCCCGACAGCAGGCGGAGGUCCGGGACGAGAAGUCUCUCUGA